AUGGCAACCAAGCGACCCAACAUCCUCUAUAUUAUGGCCGACCAGAUGGCCGCGCCACUCCUGUCCAUCCACGACUCCAACUCGCGCAUCAAAACUCCCAACCUGGACCGAUUGGCGAAGGAAGGCGUCACUUUUGACAAUGCUUAUUGUAACUCGCCUCUGUGUGCGCCCUCUCGCUUUGUCAUGGUGACUGGUCAGCUUCCGUCCAAAAUUGGCGCCUAUGACAAUGCUGCGGACUUGCCCGCCGAUGUUCCCACAUAUGCACACUAUCUCCGUCGUGAGGGUUACCACACUGCUCUGGCUGGGAAGAUGCAUUUUUGUGGUCCGGACCAGUUGCAUGGGUAUGAGCAGCGAUUGACAAGUGAUAUUUAUCCUGGAGACUAUGGCUGGUCUGUGAAUUGGGAUGAGCCUGAUGUUCGCCCUGAUUACUAUCACAACAUGUCUUCUGUCCUAGACGCUGGCCCGGUCGUUCGUACGAACCAGCUUGACUAUGACGAAGAAGUCAUAUACAAGUCGACUCAGUACCUGUACGAUCACGUCCGACACCGUGGUGAUCAGCCAUUCUGCUUGACUGUGUCCAUGACUCACCCUCACGACCCGUAUGCCAUGACCAAGGAAUUCUGGGACAUGUACGAGGAUGUUGAAAUCCCUCUGCCAAAAACAGCCGCAAUUCCACACGAUCAGCAAGACCCUCACUCACAGCGUGUUUUGAAAUGCAUCGAUCUUUGGGGCAAGGAAAUACCCGAAGAGCGCAUCAAGGCCGCUCGUCGCGCAUACUAUGGAGCAUGCACCUAUGUCGAUACCAACAUUGGCAAGCUUUUGAAGGUGCUUGACGACUGUGGCCUGACCGACGACACUAUUGUUGUUUUCACUGGAGACCACGGGGAUAUGCUUGGGGAGCGUGGUUUAUGGUACAAAAUGACCUGGUUCGAAAACUCUGCACGUGUCCCAUUCAUCGUGCACGCCCCCAAUCGAUUUGCUGCUAAGCGAGUCAAGGAGAAUGUCUCGACCAUGGACAUUCUUCCCACAUUCGCCGGGUUGGUCGGAGCUCAGAUAGAGCCUGGCCUGCCAAUGGACGGAGUUUCAUUGGUUCCAUAUCUGACUGGCGGCGAAGGACUCAAGACCGACACUGUCUUUGGCGAGUACAUGGCCGAAGGGUCCCAAACUCCGGUGAUUAUGAUCCGUCGUGGAAAGUGGAAGUUUAUCUAUUCAUUGAUCGACCCGCCCAUGCUGUUUGAUCUCGAAGCCGAUCCCUUAGAAAGCACGAACUUGGUUGCAGGCCUCCCAAUCCCCGAACUAAAGACUAAAGAAAUCAAGAUCAAAGAAACCGGGUUGCCUACUCCUCCAAAUGGCGAGGCACCGGAUUCAAUCACUUUUGUGAGCACCGAAAAGUCAUUUUUCCCGAAGAUCCCAGCCCAAGUGGUCUCCACGCCUCCACGAACACCCAGCCCCGGCUUGCCUCUUGUUCUCCCCGAGCAGGACGACCCAGCAACUGUGUAUGAACAUUUCAUCCAAGAAGUCCACUCUCGCUGGAACCUCCGCGCCAUCCACGAGGACGUAGUCCGCUCGCAACGUCGUCGUCGUAUCGUGUAUUCUGCACUGAUCAAAGGCGUCCCUACCGUCUGGGACUACGAGCCUCGCAUCGACCCAAGCACCCAAUACGUCCGCAACCAAAGCAAAGGCAACCUCGACAACGUCGAAUACCUCUCUCGUUGGCCCCGAGUCGCGAACGCGCCGGCACCAACCACAACCCGAUAUUAA